GAAAAACCUGUACAAGAGAGCGAGAGAGAGAGAGAGAGCAGCAGCAGCAGCCAUGGUAUAUUGCGCCAGGUGUUGUUUGCGCCGUGCAAUGAGGAUAGUGAAUUUGAUGGCGAUUUCCAUAGGGAUGGGAAUGAUUAUCUAUUCUCUUUGGUUGUUGAAGAAAUGGAAAGAAGCUGCUACUGACUGGGAUUAUGCUUCAGAUCUACCUACACCAUGGUUUAUCUACACAUGUUUGGGUGUCGGGAUAGUCGUAUGUUUGAGCAUGUUAUUCGGCCAUAUGGUGGCUAACCAUAUGAGUAUUGUUGCCCUUUCCAUUUACAUACUAUCGAUCUCUUCCAUCCUUCUUCUUCAAGUGAUACUUGUUGUGGUGAUCUUCUUCAAGAUGAAUUGGAGAUAUCAAAUCGAUGACCGAUUCAACAACUUCUUCGGCAUUCAUUUCACAAUCUGUCGCUUGAUUGGAAUCACAAUCUUAUUGGCACAGGCCCAUGUUUUAAUGCUUGCAGUUGUUCUCUGGGCUCUUGGGCCAGAGCAAAGGACCCACUGCCAUGGGCCCAUUGCAUUCGAUCCUAGACACUCCUUUUUGGUGGGUCCCGAAUCUCAAGUAAAUCUCUUCCCUUCAUCGCCUAUAGUGAGGACAUUCAGGUACUGAGAAGGAGAGAGUAAUGUGAAAUGUCACUCACGGUUCAUCAGAAGAAAAGCCAUGUGGCAUGUCCAAGUAAGCAAUUCAACUAGUAAGUCCUGAAGCCAUCUAAGCCGUCCCAAACGUGACAGCCAUUUAAGGGCUGGCCGACACGUGGCGGGCACGUUGACGUCCAUCAAUGGAUUAAAAGGUACGUUACAGGAAUUCAGUUAUGCACUAACAAAUGAACUGUUUCAGUCAUUCGUAUACUACUUAAUUUGAAUAAAAUCCAAUGGAAUUCAAAUAUCACUUAUAUGUCACUGUCUAAGUGGGACCGUUUGAACUUUUUUCUACAAGUUCUUUGCAUGGACCCACUAGGGUGCUUGUAACCUGCCUAGCAGAGAUGGCCCACCAAUUGGAUGCCUCAAAAGUUAAGUUGAUCAGAUCAUCAUGUGGACCAUUAUGUGAAUUUGAUAUAUAACUUGCAUGAUGAGUCCCACUUAAUAAUUGUAUAUGCUUGAUUUUUUCUAAGUCAUUGUGUUAUCGUUGUAGGGCCAAUACAUUGUAUGGGUUGGAUGGCAUAUAUACAACCCAGCAGGCCUCACCACAUGGAACAUGAGGCAGUCAUCUAUAAACAGAUAUUCACAUUGUGGCCUA